AUGUCAACACUGUUUCCACAGCUUCUUCCAACUAUUGUCGAAACGAUCAGGUAUGGGAGCUCCCAGCAGUAUAAUAAACAGGACCUAGAAAGAAAACUUUGCGAUGGUGAACACAAAUCAUUUGAUUUAGACGGUUCCACGGCAAGACAGAAGAAUGUGAUGGUACAAUUGUUCAUUCAGGUCGUAGUAGCAGUCGCAUUACUCGCAGCCAGCAGAUGUCGACGCGAUUGCCUUGGAAGUUACUAA